UAACGUGACCUGAAUUAAUUAACGGCUGUGGGGGAUAAUGUUUGAGAAAAUGAAGAAAAUAGGUCUCAAAUUCUUCAAAAUGAAGAAAAUCAUGGAGGGAAAUGUUACUACCUAGCAUGGACAACGCGAACAGGGAAUCGCUGCCAGUUUUCGUUAUCCCUAGUGUUACUGUUGGAAUCGGUGAUAACCCACAACCCAGCAAACAUAAUGUGGUUCCCAAAGACAAAGAUGAUCAUGCUCAAUUAGGUGUUAAAAAUUGUAAUAUUAUGGACAGGACGCGUGGUACCGAAAACCACGAAGAAGAAACAGCUAAGGCAUCUAUGGAAUUGGCUAGAGUAAUAAAACAGAUGGACAACAAACCUGUACCGGUUAGUGUAAUACCGCCAAAACCAGAAUCGGCUAUUCCCAACGACGAAACAAAUCAGACGAACCAAAUCUCGCUCAGAUAUGUGUAUUUCACUCCUGGAAAUCCGCAGAUUGUGUCGGCUGUAUCCUGUUCUCAGGAUACCAAAUCAGUUCCCAGUACAACACAGACAGUUCCGCAGAUUCUCUAUCUGAGUCCUGCGAAUCUCAGACAGCUGGACAUACAACAUCCACGUUCUUCGCUCACAGCUUCAGAGCCACAGAGGGCAACUUCCUUGAUGUCAACAACAACAGCGGAGAAAGAAUCCGUGGCAUCCGUGGGCAGCGUUGGAGACAAUCCAAUACGCGAUGGUCAACUUAGUGGAAUCAUACACAAAAGAGCGCCAAAUGUUGUCCCAGGAACCAUUCAAGUUUACCGGACGCCCGGUGCCAGCUACAUCAACAAGAACGGCAAGAUCAAGCGUCCGAUGAACGCGUUCAUGGUGUGGGCGCGGACGUACCGGCGCAAGCUGGCGCUGGAGAAACCCGAGGCGACGAACGCUGAGAUCAGCGUGCGGCUGGGCACCGUGUGGAACAGCCUCACCCAGAACGAGAAGGAGCCGUUCUACGAGGAGGCCGAGCUCAUCAAGACCAGGCACAAGACAGAGUUCCCAGGUUGGACGUUUCGGCCCAAUCCGUCAAAGAAGCGCCAGGAUGAAAUCGCUACGCACAGGCUGCUCUGGGAGAGAUACGGGGGUGGGUCAUCGGCAGCCACGCUAGCCAGAAUAGCUUCAGCGGCCGCCAACAGCAGCAGCAUGGAGGGGACGUCCAACACGACCAACAGCAACAGUUCCACGUCUGAACCGGUUUACGGAUACCCGAAGCUUGGCAUACCCAGGGUCGUGGGGUCAGCGGCAGAUUGUGCGCAGAGGGGUUUAAGCGCCACUCACAGAGGGCUGGUGCGACACGUGACCACUGCGUACAAGUCUGUCCGCUUCGAACCAGCGGCUCCAGUUGCGUCAUCUGCGUGCUCCCACGGGAAGGUCACAUGCACAAACUGCAGGUCUGACACGAUUUCCAUAAAAGAAAGAAGUACUCCAGAUGACACUACCGGUGAAAUAAUCGUCAGUAAGAAGAAGACGAAGAAACCAAUCUCUUUAGAGGAGCCUUUCUGCACGAGGAAAGAACGCAAGUUGAGCAGCAGUCAGAAACAGACGAUCACUGAACGAAAGAAGCGAAUGUCGCAUCUCCGUGUCAAGUCUGCUCCACCCAUGACCAAGGUCAAAGGAAUGGCCGUGAGAAAGAAAUCUGUUAUGACUUUGAAAAAUGAUGCCGCCAUUCCGUUUUCCAUAAAUGACGUAAGAAACAAUGGCGCGCAAUCAGAUGGCUCGAUGUGUGCCUGCAGACCGGAACCAACUGGAAGCAACCAGACUGAGCCGGACAGCAGUUCUGAUAGGUUAGAGAAAGAGCACGUCAGUCCUACUUCACCAAUGAGGCCAGGUUUGUCAGACGACGAUGAUGACGUUUUAACGGAUGUUUGUAAACCGGCAGCAGAUUGGCCGUCACGAAACCUGUCUCCUCAUGACGUGCCCAGUGACGAUAUUCUCUUCAAAGAUUUACGAGAACAAAUUCGAAAAGGCUCUCAACUCUCGGACACCGACCUAUCUUACCCGGAAGAAGUAGCGAGCAAUUUGUUUCUCGACGUGAAAGGAUGGACAUCCUAUCUUGAUGUCUCGAAAUCCGACAAGACGUACGGAGACCCGCUCGGGGUGUUCCGGCGACCGUCGUGCGAAGACGUCUGUGUUCCCGAGGGAAGUGCCAGCCAGACUGAUCUCCCAUUCGUGUCUACGAGCAACACGCUGGCACGUCUGAAAAACAACUUGCCCCGAGUGCACACGUUCCCUUGUUUGGAGGCCGUCGACCAGACGCCCAGACACUCACAGGAAGCCGUUUCUUUCAACGAGGAAACUGCCUGGUGCACCAGCCGACCAAGUGAAUGUCCCCCGUUACUAGCUGUCUGUCCGCAGUCACCAGCUGCCUGUCCCCAGUCACCAGCUGCCUUUCUCCAGUCACCAGCUGCCUUAACCCAGUCGCCAGCUACCUUUCCCCAAUCACCAGCUGCCUUUCCCCAGUGUCAUCGUUGUGAUUGUCCAGACAAAGCGUCUACCAAUAAGGGAACGAUAGGUUUCCAUACCCCAGGCCACAGUCACUUUACCAACACGGGAACAUUGUCGCCCAGGUUGCGCAACCAUUUGAUUUACCGCCUACAGAGGAAAGCUCGCAUGGAUGCCCGAAAACACGAAGAUAAUUGGCGGCUCGAGAAGACCCACGCAUGGGCGGUGGAGCCGUCCAACGAUAUCGACUUGUCAGCAGUUUACGAUAAGGGAAAUGACGGUAUGCAAACAGAAAGUGUUAAUAGUUCGUGCGAAGCGAUAAAUGUAAGAGAUGCUAGGCCUACUAGUCUUAGUUCAGCAAGGAACACCUUUAAUGGAGAUGAAGAAAAAGCUAGUUAUAACCAGUUGAGACCAGUCUGUGCAAGUCUAGCAACCAUGGCAUUGACAUCAACCACAAGUCCUCAGCAUUGUGCAGUUCCGAUGUCAUUCGAGUCACCAAAGUCUCACUGCAGUGUUGACCUUUUUUCUUCGAUUCGGCCAAUAGCCGGUAUAGACGAAGGCGUAAACUUCAAUUGUUCGGCUGGCGACCAGCCUCAUUAUCGGACAUCAACAAGCAGCGCUGAACGAAAAGAGGACACGUUGGACCCGAUCAGAAUUGAAACACCAACGACGCCAUCAAAAUGGACGCUUACUGCGCCAGAUUCCAGACCUCGGCAUCUAAAAAAGAACACUUCAGCGUCUGCUUCAUGUAUUAUUGGUGAGACAAAUGAAAAGCCGGAACAUUCUAAACAGAGGAACUCAAAGCACGAAAAACCCAUUCUGGGUCCGUUACGGGUAUUCGGCGGUCAUCUGCAAGCUGCUAACGUCCCAGCAAAGACUACGGGCGAUAAUAGUCUACAGACAAGAAAGUGUCAUCGGGAACCUUUUUGUUCUCCGGGCAACGGUAGCUGUCAAAGACGAGCCAGCCCUUACCUCUGUGAAGGUUCUCUGGCUCUGCAGCUGGGCCUGCCACGUACAAUGAAGCAGAUUCGCGACAGGCUCUUUCCGUCUAUAAAACCUAAAGUCAAGGCGAUGGAUCUGGACUUCCACUGGAUCGGCAAACACGACGGCAGCAACGAGGCGACUUCUGAUGAUAACGACAGUGCAGCCACGGAACACGGAGAUGAUGGCGCUCGGUCACCAGAACUAAAAGAGGGCGAAAAACAGUCGACCGAGACAGCUGCCGGUGUCAGUGGUACCCACGGUGGUGCGGACUCGACAACGGCUGGACAGGUGGAUGGAGGAAAGCAUUUCCCACGCGAGUGCUCUGAAGAAAGACACGUUUUUCCACGGAAGUUACUAAAACGAAGCAAGGCGCAGGUUGUUAGAAACUAUUCGAUGCAUUUCUUGAAGCGUCUUCUAGAGAAUGAUGACAUGGAGACAACGCAGGACAGUAACUCCGAAAAAAUGCUUAACACGCCUCAAACUGAGAGCUCCUUGCCUUGCAUAUUUUCCGAUAUCGCACUGAUAAAGCAACCGAAAGACAAAUAAAAUAUUAUAGCUUUUUAUAUCCUUAUAAUCAUUAUAUCCUUUUCACUGUGA